AUGAAAAUCGUCGCCCAUCCGUUGGGCAUUCGGCCGUCUGGAAAUGCGCUUUUGGACGACGACAGACGGCCCGGCAUGGGGCUGUUUGGGCGGCUGCCUGACGAGAUCGUGAUGACGAUUGUGCAGGAGCUCGACGCCAAGAGCCUGCUCGCGCUAGGGCAUACUUGCAAAGGGCUGUUUGCCUACUGCUGGUUUGACGAGCUGUGGAAGCAGGUGAUCUACGAAAGAAAGUCGCCGGAUCUGGUUUGGAAAGGCAGCUGGAGACGCACGGCCCUGGGGCUGGACAAAGACCAGGAAGCGCAGGUGUCGGCCGAGAAGGUCGUCUACUCUGAUCUGCUGCAUCGGCCGUACGAGCUGUCGCAAAUCGACUAUCAAGAGUACAUUGAUCCCGAGCACAGGGGCAAGAUUCCGACGUUCUCUGAAUCAGAGAUGACUGUGGAGAAGUUCGACGGCGAAUGGCACAAUAAACCGUUUGUCGUGAACCUCAGCAAACCGAUCGCCGAGUGGACCAUGGACGAUCUGGUUGAAAAGUACGGCGAGCUCGGAUUCCGCCAAGAGUACAUGGACUGGAAACUCAAGGUGUAUGUUGAGUAUGCCCGGGAGAACCACGAUGAGGUGCCACUUUAUUUAUUUGACUGCCAUUCCAAGGCGCACCAGGACCUGGUCUUUGAGCCGCCGCUCUCGCACAUUUUUGGCACCGAGCGAGACUACUUUGCCCUGUUUGGCAAGAACAGACCCGACCACCAGUGGCUGAUUGUUGGUCCUAGCCGCAGCGGCUCGGGGUUCCACAAAGACCCCAAUGCGACCUCGGCGUGGAACUCGGUGGUGUCCGGCCACAAGUACUGGAUCAUGUUCCCGGGCGAUUGUCCGCCGCCGGGCAUUUACACUGACCAGGAGCAAAGCGAGGUGACUGCUCCUGUGUCGUUGGCCGAGUGGUUUGCUUCGGGCUUUUACACAGAGGCCAAAAAGCACCCCAAUUUCCGGCAUGCCGUCACGGGGCCUGGCCAGGUGAUGUACGUGCCGUCCGGGUGGUGGCAUGCGGUCGUCAACCUCGACGAAAACAUCGCCAUGACCGGGAACUUUGUGGCCGAGCCCGAGCUGCGCAAGGUCCUGGCGUUUCUCAAAAACAAGCCCGACCAGAUUUCCGGCUUCAAGCUGCCUGCUGAACAGGUUUACCACGAGUUUGUUGGUCUACUGAAGGAGAAAACGCCCGAAAUUGCUGAAAAGUAUGAGUCUGCGGAUUGCAAAAAGCGAAGCUGGCGGCAGGUUACAGAGGCAGAAACACCUUUUACAUUUAAUUUCGAAUAG